GUCCUGGAUAGUUGGAAUAAAUCUCAUUUUCUCCGGUGUCCGUGCCGGGGCGAGGAUUGGCUCGGCGGUGCCGCAGCCCGCCCCCUCCUUCCCGCGUCCCCUCCCCGCCAGCUUCGCUCCCUCGCUCCCGUGGCACCGGGGCGUCAGGCACCCAAAGAGCAGCCUUGGGGAGCCAGCUUUGGGGGGGACAGGCGUGGGAAAAGGGGGGGGGCACGCAUCCCCUUCCCUUUCCCCACUGGGACGCACCGCCGCUUGCCCUCCCAGCCGGCUGGAGGGGCGCACAGGGAGCGUCUCCCAACUUUUCGGCCAGAGGACGAGACAAAAAAAAAACACAAAAAAGUCGCCCCGGUUCGUAAGAGGGGACUGAGACACUUAACCCGCCACCCAUCUGUGAACCAGCUCCUGCAGCAGAAGACAUCGGAUCAGCCCCAGAGGCAGCCUCCAGUAGCACCCAGGGUGACCACAGACCCCUGUGGACACAUCUGUGCCACCACCGUCCCUCCCUGGGUGAGGGAGCAGCACCCACCGCUCCUCGGGAGGACCCGUCCCCACCAAGGCCACCAACAGCUGGGACAUCCCCACUCUGGGUGACCCCAUGAGCGUUACGUAGGCCCACCACUGCCAUCAGAUCAAAGCUAAGGCGAAGAAAGCUGUUUCCGCCGGUGAUGGGGAUGCCAGGGAUGUGACAGGCCACUCCGGCACCAGAGGCUAGGUUUUUUUUGGGUUUCAGCAGGCGAGGGGACGAGGAGGUGCAAGAUGAGCCUGGGGAAGCUGCCGGUGCUCAGCUGGGUGUCGGGCUCCCACGGCAAGCGGCGGCUGAAGUCGGAGCUGACGCCAGACAUGAUCAGCCCGCCGCUCGGGGACUUUCGGCACACCAUGCACGUGGGGCGCGGCGGGGACGUCUUCGGGGACACCUCCUUCCUCAGCAACCACGGCGGGACCGAGACAACCAAAGCCAACAACUUCUUCACCCGGACGCUGCGGCACGUCCGACGGACACCGCUGAGGAGCCGGGGCAGCGGGAGCCAGGUGGUGGCAUCGCCCGAACCGCCCGCCAUCUCGCCCAUCAUCAAGAACGCCGUGUCACUGCCGCAGCUCAACGAGGGGACAUACGACGGCGGCGGUGGAGGUUUGACCAGCAAGUUCUCCUUCAAAAGUGCCUCCAACAGCUUCUCCAAAACGCACCAGGCCUACGGGCUGGAGUCUGGAUUUUGCACCAUCCCUCGCGUCCCUCGCCUGGAAAAGGCCCAGGAGAAUACCUUCCCCGGGGAAACAGAGCUCGCGCGCUCGGACUCCCUGCUGUCCUUCCGCCUGGAUCUGGGGCCCUCCCUCAUGAGCGAGCUCCUCCAGGUGAUGAGCUUCUCUGAAACCAACGGGAGUGAGGCAGUAGAGGAUGACCGAGACCUGCCCAGCAGCCGCACAGUCCCGCAGGGUGAGGGGACUGAGGAUGGGGUCCCUCCAGGACCGGAUGCAUCCCAUGGAGAGGUGAAGGCAACGUCCAGCUUCUGGGACCACUCCGGGCAGGCCAGCUCGCUGCUGGGACUGUCCGUCCAUGCCAAUGGGGAGGCACACGCCAUCGAGUGUGCCAGAGAGGACCCGGGCUGGGCUUCAGGGCCGGGGGCAGCACCCGGAGGGACCCUGUGGCAGGGGCACUGGAACGACUGCUCCAUUGAGGCGGGAGAGUUUGAGCGGGCAGCCCAGGUCCUGGCUCGCCAUUACGGGGGGACGAGCACCCCACGCAGCUCGGAGAAGGGCGAGGGUGGCCAGCAAGCCCGGACACAGGCCGCAUGGGAGAGCCCCAGCAGCAGCUUGUGGCGGUCGCAAGUGACAGCAGCAAGACGGUCCCCAGAGACCACCUGGAACCAAGGAGACAAGGAAGAAGAGGAGGAGGCCGAGCUCCCCAGCCUGCAGGAGGGGUACAGUGGCACCCGGGGGGGGCGCAGCAAUUCCUUUGAGUAUGCCGACGAGGAGGAGGAGGACGAUGAAGUCAAGGUGUGAAGGGCCAUCCCUCCCAUCACGGCUCCUCCCCCCAAGGACACUAACGCCGUGGUCUUCGCCCUCCUCCCCGUGCCCCACCGCUGGCUGGAGGUCAGACCUGGCAGGAGACCUCCUGGCCUCUGGCUGAGGGCAGUGGGGUGCAGGGGGAGCAGGAGGAGACCCCAUCUGCCGCCGGGGCCCCCAGGGUUGGCAGGGUGCUGCAGGGACAGGUGAGGGCUGUGCAUCACAGUGCCCCGUGUUGCAGCCCUUCCCCGUCCUCAUUAGGUGCCAAAGGGACAUUCCCAUGUGCCAAAGAACCCCCCGAGCCCCUUUCCACCCCAUCCCGCAUCCCCCCCAGCAAGCAAACGAUGUGCUCAGGAAAGGGAAUGGCAACAGACAGGGAGCAGAGCAAGAGACAGCCCGCAGACACCAGGCUUGAUCCCUGAUGCAAAGCCCUGCCCCGGGGAGGCAGUGGAGGUCACAGAGGUGGCUGUGGCUGCACCGAGCACCCAGCCGGCAUUCCUGCCUCUCACAGGGGACUUUCCCCCUGCCUCCUGCUGAUGGACAUCGCUGAGGAAGUCUCUUUGUCCAACCCUUACAGCAGGGAGAGGGAGAAACUUCAUGACCUGCUGGAGGUGAGGCCGUCCAGGCACCAAAUUCUGCAGUUCAGCCCCUAAAAAAAAACCCUUCCUCUCACCCCCCAGAACAAGGAGACUCCCUCUCUGCAGCCAUUCUUCCCCAUCCUCGCCCCCUCUCCCUGUCCCCAGCGUGCUCACCCUUCUUCCCAGAGCGCCUGGUCCCAGGGGCACGCAUGGAGGAUGCUCGAUGCCCCUCGCCGAGGUGACAUGGCCACCCUGGGACAAGCAGCCCCCACGCUGCCCCACGUGCAAACUGGCACGCACAGAAGCGCCUUUGUGCCGCGGCGUGGAGCCGAGAUGCUCGGGGGCUGAGGUCACCGGAGGGACCCUCACAGCACCCUCCUUGUUCUCCGGGACGGACGGGGGUGUGCGGCGGGGGGAGAUGACGGCAGGUCACGCUCCCACGCAGCUCGCCGGCCACCCGGUCCUUCUGCAGAAUAAAGAGGCUCCGGCACGCGCGUGUUGUACGUGGGAGCCAGGCGGGCAUUGCAGGCAGGUUAAGGGCAAGCCCACCUCCCUCGGCCCCCCCAGGCGGUGCCAACACAUCCCCAGCUCUGGCCACCAGCACCCGGCAGGGCCACGCAGGAUCAGCCUGCACCACCGCUGUGCCGGGGGCUGGCUCUCAGGAUGAGCUCCCCCUGCUCUCUGCUUCCCGAACCAUAACACGAGCUCCAGCCCAAAGACCCACGUCCGUGGAAUAGCCUUUCUGCCUCCACUCUGUACCCUGUGCACUUAUUAUUGUCCUUAUUAAAGCAGUUUUGAUACUAA